ACAAACCUCACCGCGCCACUGCCACAGUGAAUGAGGUCGAUGAAGCUGCGCAAUUCUCAAUCCAGGAUACGAUUGAUCCUGAAGAUGCCAUUAGAGUACGACGUAAGAUAGACCUGCAUGUUCUUCCUCUUAUGUGCAUCGUCUAUUGGAUUACCUUCAUGGAUAAAACCACCCUUGGCAGCUCUGCAGUUCUGGGUCUUAAGACGGACACGCAUCUAAAUGCAACUCAGUACAAUUGGCUCAGUACGAUCUUCUAUCUCAGCUACCUCGUCUUCGAAUAUCCGCAGAAUUUGGCACUUCAACGCUUCCCCGUCGGCAAGUGGUUGAGUGCAAACAUUUUCGUUUGGGGCGUUACUUUAUGUCUUCAUGCAGCUUGCAAGAAUUUCGAUGGCCUUUUCGUCGUGCGCCUUAUUCUUGGCGCGUGUGAGGCAUGUGUCGCCACUGGGUUCAUGAUUGUCAGUGCCAUGUUCUAUACACGCAGAGAGAUAACGCUCCGUAUCGGCUAUUGGUUCCUGAUGAACGGCGUUGCGGAGAUUACAACUGGUUUUCUCGCUUUCGGAGCGUUGCAUAUCACAACAGCGAAUUUUGAGCCUUGGAAAUGGCUAAUGAUUAUUUGCGGGAUAAUAACUAUUGUCGCCGCGGUUUGCUAUUGGUUCCUUUUCCCGGACUCACCGACAACGGCAUGGUUCCUCACUCCCGAAGAACGCGUGAUCGCCGUAAAUCGCAUCAAAGCAAACCAAACAGGUGUCGAGAAUAAACACUUCAAGAAAGAGCAGAUGAUUGAGUGCCUCACAGACCCAAAGACGUGGAUAUUCGCACUCUACGCUGGAAUUCGUAAUGUUCCCAACUCCCUCACGAACCAGAACAGCCUUAUCAUCAAGUCUUUCGGUUUCACUGAGUUGCAGACCACACUGCUUAGUUGUGCUACCGGAGGAAUUAAGAUUACCUCAGCUCUGUCAGGAGUGGCGCUCGCCACGUACUUCAACAGCAUUGCAUACGUUGGAGCUUCGUACUACAUACCAACGGUGAUUGGGUCCAUCCUAGUUAGCACGCUGCCAUGGUCAGACAAGGUUGGCUUGCUGAUAAGCGAGUACAUCGUUGGAUUUGGUGGAGUGGGAGCCCCGCUUGGAUAUUCGUGGGUUACGCAAACGACAGCGGGACACACUAAACGUGUUACUAUGAACGCAGUGCUGUUCAUCGCGGAUUCCGUCGGAAAUGCUAUCGGUCCACAGAUGUGGGCUGAUCAAUUUGCACCUCGCUAUCACGUCCCAUGGGCCAUCAUUUCCAUAUGCUACACGGCGGCUGGUCUACUUCUCCUACUUCAGCGCUACAUGCUCAACAAAGAGAAUAAAAGGCGUGACAACGAACCUCCAGACGACACGUACGAUGAUGUCUGGGUCAAGAUCACGGACGGGCAUGGUGAAAUUAUUGAGAAGAAAGUCGACAGGUCCUUCCUCGACCUUACGGACCGCCAGAACCGCGAGUUCCGUUACGUUCUCUGACUUCGUCAUCUCACAAAUGCAGAAGGCAUAUUGAAUAGUAAUAGUGCCCGACGUGGUAAAGGAAGUUUUUCGUCUGGUCAUGUAUCUGAAAGCAAGAAAUAGCAAAAUUUCGUCAUCC